AUGAAGUGUUCCGUGUGCUGUAAGUUCGCUCCUAACACCAAGUCUUCAUUUGGCGGUCCUGGCGUCGGUGCGAGGGAUUUUCAGAAGUCUGCAUGCCGCAACCACGACCAGUCCAAGGUGCACCUCGCGGCCAUGGAAGCAGAACGACUUGCUGCAGGCACGGAGGUGAGGCAGCGCAGCCUCUUGAACAUGCUCAGCAACAAUCCUGUCAUGGCGAGGGUCGUGAAAUGCAUGCAGGGAGCUCAUUGGAUCGCGCAGCACGAUGCACCUAUCGCUCUCUACCCCUUGCUGGUGCGGUUCAUGGCGGAGCAAGGAUGCCUCGACAUGCGGAACGGCGAAGCAUACGGUCGUUAUUACUCGCGAGGCGAGGCCGUUGUGUGCCAGUUUCUUGCUCUCCUGUCGCUCGAGCGGUGCGACGCUGCAGCACUGUACGACACGAUCGUGAAGUGUCUGUGGUCGAAGGACAUGUCGAUGGACAAGCUGGUUGGGGUUUCAACGGAUGGUGCAUCCGUCAUGACUGGCAAGCAGAACGGAGUUGUCGCCCUGCUUCGGAAACGUUGCCCGUGGCUGGUGGCGAUUCACUGCGUGGCGCAUCGCGAGGCAUUGGCUGCAAAGGAUGCCGCGAAGAGCUUCAAGGAGUUCAACGUCGUCGAUCAGAUGAUACGCCAGACUGCUGAGCGUCUCGGGUGUUCAUCUACCGAUCACAAGACCUACAUGCAGCUCCAGGACGUCGACAUCACACAGGUGAAGAACCAUGUCGACAAGGUGAAGACCAAGCUGGCGCAGUACUACGUCGAGCCCGGCGCAUCCAACGGGCCGAACACCUCCCGCCUGAACAAGUUCCUUGCUGCACACAAAAGCAAGGACAAGCGCAAGAUGGAGCUCAAGGGAGUGGAUGAGAACGGCAAGCCUGCAACAGCCGAGAUCGAGCUUCACGAGGACAUCAUCGACCCUAAGAACCCUGGGGGGGGAUGCGACUUGGAGGCCUGCGCGGACCUGGCGAGGCGUUUCGCUCAGCGCCUUAUAAAGGCGCUGGGGAAGAGGAUGGCGGACCUGCGCCAUUUCGAUGGUGUUGGUUUUUUCACCCCUGAUAAUUAUCCCCCCCGUGCAGGAGAGCAGGACGCGUGGGUGAAGCUCCAUCUCACCGAGCUCCUUGACAUGUUCAAGAACAAGCUACCUGCUCUAAGGCGCACGAUGAAUGGGGGGGCGAGAGUAGCGCCCCUGCGUUCCGCGGCACCCGCUGGUGGUACGUGCGAUGAACGUGCAAAUGGCCGCGAGAGGGAUGUUCUUCGACUUGACGCGACGGAGAAAUGGCAGGCCGCGCUGGUUAGAAGCGACGCAAGAUUUCCCGACUCACCGUUUCUACGAUUUUCCCGCCGCAUCGCCACGGAUCGCCUCACCACAAAUUGCGGUGAUGAAGCUCCCCGCGUCGUCGCCGGAACUAUCCAUAAUCCGCUAGCCGGAGCCGCAGCGCCCGUAAAUGGCGACUCGCGAAGUCCAGAGGAUCGCGAGCGGUAUUCCCGAUGUGACGACGAAUUGACGAUGCGCGGUAGUAGUAGCGUGCAGUUCCCUCACGUAGCGGGGAAGGACGCUUAUGAUACCGUAGUUAAAAAGGCGUCGCUGACUUCAAGUGCGCUACUAGCUCCUAAUGAGCCACGAUUGCCGGUUUUUGCGGACGUUGACGUGGCACAGUACGUGCAGCGGCACCGGCGACUCCGCAUCGAAGCGGAAAACGCAGCGCGUCAGUCGGACCUGCGAUCUCUGUGCACGGGGAUCCGCCGAUACCAGCUUCCGGGGAACGGGGGAGGCCAUAACGCGCCCACCAAUGCAGCUCCUACUAGAAUCUGCGCCGCCGCGGAAGCUGUUGCGCCGACUCCUCCGCCUGUCAACGUUCUGCGCGCAGGCUCCGCCCCUCGCCGCCCCAGUCAUCCCGCUGCUGCUGCUAGUAGUACGUGGGGGAACCGUCGUCUGAGCCCUGCUGGUUACGCCCCCGCGGAAAGAGCUCAGAGCGAAGGGAAUGCUAUUGUCACAACAGCUGAUAUUGCCAGCAGCUGUGGCAGGCAUGAGAGCAGCGGCGCGGUCGCCAUUCUCCGUCAGGCGGAUAACGAGGAACGAAGCACUCUGACUACGCGUUCCGGCAUUAUUCCAGGAGUAGUUGGAGCAGCGCCGGGUGAAUGGGACACCACGGAGGGGAGAACAGGACUAGUUGCGAGAGAGGCGGUGAAGGGCUGGAGGGGAAGGAGACCGGAACCAGGAGGACGAGUGUGCGACGCUGGCGACGAGGAUGACGACGAUGGCGACGUCGUCAUGUGCAAGCCUGUCGCCGUAAGGGUAACUUGCUUCGCAACCCCCGUAAUUCGCAGGAGGGUCUCGAGAAGUGCAGGUGGGAAAGUGUCGACGAGAGGCGCGGCGGGUGGGCGGAGGGAUGCUGCGCGGGUGGCGGGGGGUGCAGCGCUGGGGCAGGUAGCGCGGAGGAGCCCAGCAGAGGGAGCAACACUUCGUGCGGGCAGAGAAGGUUCAGAGACAGGGGUAGCCAGCGUCGGUGUAUUGCCGCCCGUGCUGGUGCACAAGGGAAUGGUGCUGUGCGAUGGGGCGCGGUCGAGGUGUGAGACAGGGCGGGAGGGGGAGAAGGAGGCGGAGGGGCAGGAGGAGGGCAGGGAUGACGAGGCGCAGGACGGGAAGGGGAUCAGGAGACGGGCGGACGAAGUCGCUGCACAGGCGGAACGCACUGAGCAGGCAGAGCGGGCAGAAAUGGCAGAGCGGGCAGAAAAGGGAGAGCGCGCAGAGCGGGCAGAGAAGUUGGUAAUAGGGAGGGAGGCAAUGGCGGCGGGGGUUCAAGAGAACAGAGCGGAACUACAAGAGGAUGAAAAGCGAGUGGGUGCUGUGAGCGCGCCGAGCCCUACUGUGAGCGCGCCGAGCCCUACUGUGAGCGCGCCGAGCCCUGCUGUGUGCGCGCCGAGCCCUGCUGUGUGCGCGCCGAGCCCUGCUGUGAGCGCGCCGAGCCCUGCUGCUGUGAGUGCUCCAGAGGAGGGGAGGAUUCGAGAGCAGCUGCAAUUGAUUGCAGAGGCCGUGGCAAGGCGGGCUGCACAGGAGGAGGGGCGGAGUAGAGAGGAGGGGCGGAUUAGAGAGGAGGGGCGGAUUAGAGAGGAGAGGCGGAUUAGAGAGGAGGGGCGGAUUAGAGAGAAGGUGCGGUGGAUUAGACAGGAUGGGCGGUGGAUUAGAGAAGAGGGGCGGAUUAGAGAGGAGAGGCGGGUUAGAGAGGAGGGUCGAAUUAGAGAGGAGGAGCGGACUAGAGAGGAGGGGCGGAUUAGAGAGGAGGGGCGGAUUAGAGAGGAGGGGCGGAUUAGAGAGGAGGAGCGGAUUAGAGAGGAGCAGCGGAUUAGAGAGGAGGGGCGGAUUAGACAGGAGGAGCGGAUUAGAGAGGAGGGGCGGGUUAAAGACCAGUUGCAGUUGACUGAAGGGGUAGAGGAAGGGGGGAAUAGACAGCAGGCUGGGCCGCACAGGGUGCAGCCAGACUGUGCUUAUCUCGCCACGCCGAGUGCUUAUCUCGCCCAACCGAGCGCUUAUCUCAGCGCCAUGGAUGCGCUGAGCUGGCACGAUCUCUACGUGGAGUGUGACGUGGCAGACCUAUGGCAGGAGGCUCUUGGCAGCACACAGCCUGUGACAGGAGAGAGGCGAAUCAACCCAACAAGGCCAAUAAGGCAGAAGAAGCCAGUAAGGCCAAUAAGGCCAGGGGAAGCAAUGGGGCCAGCACCACUGGUGCGGCCGUGGAGACCGGACAAGGCCAUGAGGUCAGGAGAGGGCGUUCGGCCCGCUCCUGGAUCUGCUGCCAGGCGAGCCCUCACUGUCGCUGCUGUCACUGGCUGUGCUGCUGCCACUAACGCUGUUACCGGCCAUGCUUCUGCUGUCAGGGACGGUGAUGCCAGCAGGGGAAGCAGUGAGGAAGACACCACUAGUCCUGGGUCAGCAGUCAGGCGAGCACUCACUGUGCCUGCUGUCACAGGCUCUUCUGCUACCAGCACCGACCAUGCCACCAGGGGAAGCAGUGAGGGCGGCACCACUGCUCCUGGAUCUGCUGCCAGGCAAGCCCUCACUGUCGCUGCUGUCACUGGCUCUGCUGGUGCCGCCAGCGGGGCUUCUACCGGUCGUGCUGCCAUCGGUUAUUACCGUGCUGGUGACGCCACUGGUCAUGCUGGGGAAGCCGGUGGUCAUUUGGCUCGUGGUGGUGGUGGUGGUGGUGGUGGUUGUGAUGCCAGUAGUAGCCAUGGCAUCGCCAUGCGUGGGCGAUCUGCUAACAGUCUGAAUGCUGCUCUCUCUAGGAUGCGGAGCGCUGUCCGGGAAGCAGCUGCUGGGGAGGUUGUAAUGCUGCGGGCUGAACGGAAACUUUUGCCUGCUGCCCGUGCCACGGCUUCUCUUCCCAAGUGCCAAGCAGGUGGUGGGUGCAACGAGGCCUUCUUACAAGGUGGUUCGAUAUUGCAACAUUCCCAAGUUGCGAAGAAUUCGAACCCGACAAUGAUCGGUGCAUGA